ACUUGGACUGAGGGGGUCUGUAAUCAGUGCCCAAGAGAACUUUGGAACUACUAUUAGCUUGGUGAAGAGGAGCGCCGGAUGGAUGGAGUCUGGAAAGCAGCUCUCCGGAACUUUGGCGCUGGCCGUGUUCACCGCUGCCCUUGGGUCUCUUCAGUAUGGAUACAGCCUUGGCGUCAUCAAUGCCCCUCAAAGGAUCAUUGAGAGGCACUACAGCCGCGCUCUCGGGGUGCUGCCGCAGAACCUCACCCCCUCCAAUGACACCAAAGAGGAGGAGCUCCAUCCCUCUGUGGUCAUGUACUGGUCUCUGUCGGUGGCCAUUUUCUCCAUCGGGGGUGUGGCCUCCUCCUUCCUGGUGGGUUUCGUCGGGGACCUGCGGGGCAGGAUAAAGGGGAUGCUGAUGAUUAAUGUCCUGGCCAUUACAGCCGGUGUCCUCAUGGGCCUGGCCAGAAUGGGCCCGCCCCACCUCAUGGUCAUCGCAGGAAGAGCCGUAAUGGGAUUCUACUGCGGCCUAUCCUCCGGUCUGGUGCCCAUGUACAUUGGUGAGAUCGCUCCUGUGGCAUACCGAGGGGCGCUGGGAACGCUGCACCAGCUGGCCAUCGUCACGGGGAUCCUGAUCAGCCAGGUCCUGGGGCUGGACUUCCUGCUGGGCAAUGAUGCCAUGUGGCCGCUGCUGCUGGGCCUGUCUGGGGCGCCUGCCGUGUUGCAGACCUUGCUUCUGCCCCUGUGCCCGGAGAGCCCGCGCUACCUCUACAUCAAACUGGGCAAAGAGGAGGAGGCGUGCAAGAGUCUGAAAAGGUUCAAGGGGGAGUACGACACCUCCAAAGACAUGGCUGAGAUGAAGAAGGAGAAGGAGGAGGUCAUGAAGGAGGAGCAGGUAUCCAUCGUGACGCUGGUGCGCUCCUCGGCAUACCGGCAGCAGCUGGCGGUGGCCUUGAUGAUGCACUUGUCCCAGCAAUUCUCUGGGAUCAACGCGAUUUUUUAUUACUCCACGUCCAUCUUCCUCAAAGCGGGUGUCUCCAAGCCGGUGUUUGCCACCAUCGGGGUUGGUGUCAUAAACACCAUUUUCACCAUGGUGUCGGUGCUACUGGUGGACAGGGCCGGCAGACGCACGCUGAUUCUGAUUGGACUGGCAGGGAUGUGCUGCUGUGCGGUGGCCAUGUCCGUCGGGCUGGUCUACCUGACCACCUACGCCUGGAUGAGCUACGUGAGCAUGGCCGCCAUCUUCCUCUUCGUCUGCUUCUUCGAGAUCGGCCCCGGGCCCAUCCCCUGGUUCAUCGUGGCCGAGCUCUUCAGCCAGGGCCCGCGGCCGGCCGCCAUCGCUCUGGCCGGCUGCUGCAACUGGACCAGCAACUUCGUCAUCGGGAUGUGCUUCCCCUACAUAGAGGCCCUGUGCGGGAGCUACGUCUUCAUCAUCUUCGCCGUCAUCCUCCUGGGCUCCACGGUGUUCACGUACUGCCGCGUCCCUGAGACCAAGGGCAAGACCUUCGAGGAGAUCACCGCCGAGUUCCAGCGCAGGCGUCGGCACCACCACGCGCCGCCCGACGCCAAAGCCGCCACCGAGCUCCACCACCUCAAGUCCUCGUCAGAGGCGUGACCAUCCCCCCUCCCCUCACGUCAAAGGGACACCGCAGGUUUUCAGAAGUAGCCAUGUCUGUUACCAGUUGUGCUUGUCAGUGUUUUCCUUUUUUUUAUAACCAUCAUGGUCUCAUAAUAUGAAAUACAUGAAUGGGUUUCAAAAUUGUAUUUUUGCAGCUACUGAACCACAAAGGACUGUACAGGUCGAUCCUCUAAAGUUGUUUUUGUUUUUCAAAGGUUGC